GUGUUAAGCAGGUGUACCCUGCCUCCAUGUUCCUAUUCGUGCUUGCCGUCGCCCCUCUCCUGGACUGGGUCAGGCAUAGGUGCUCCGCCUCCCUUGGCCUCCACCUCGCCAGCGCCGAUGAUUCUUGCUUUGGGGUGCUGAACGUGUUUUCCGAUUUGGGUGUGCUCCUCUCCGCGUUGAUGGAGUUGGCGCCCAUUGCGAAUCUGCAGCUCAACUUUGCAAAGUGCCAGCUCAUCCUGUGUUUUGCAAUGGGCGCCGUCCAUCUUACUGCUGUGUUGGAGACGUAUGGUGCGCCAUAUUCUGUGUUGAAGGUUGUUCAUUGGGCCGUGUAUCUCGGGUUUCCGAUCGGGCACCUCGCGGCCCCUGAAGCGUGGCCGGCUGCGAUUCCAGAAUUUAUCCCCCGUGCGCGCCAGACGCGACAACUCGGCCCAGGCAUUGCGCGGAGCGCUCGUGCAUUCCGCGCCAUGCGUGUCUCGAAACUGCUCUGCCGACCGCAGCUCUGUCCGCCAGAUGCCUGCCUCUCGCACCUGUUCCGCGAGAGCGGGAUGAAGCUCACCUCGGGGCCGCGGAACGCCAUCUCGUAUAACAUUGCCACUAAGUUGGAAGCGAUAGGCUUCCCGACCGAGUUCAUCGAUCUGAACGCUGUCUCUCGAGCCGCCGCGAUGCGCUAUUACAUCAAGUCCGGCGGCCUCCACGGUAUCUUGGAAGACCUCGACAGGGCCCGCGAGGACCUCGAACACCUUCUUGGGGUAUAUUAG